UGCACACAUCGGAGGGUAAACAGCUCGUCAACUCAUGGACGCAGUUCCACCAUAUACAGUGAGCUGGACAGUGAAGGCAACAGCCACACAUUUGCCAAUUCUGGAGGUGUGAAGAGGAACCAUUAUGGCAGGCGACAUGUUGUUGCUGAUAAGGGGUCUAGCCAAGCUGAGCCAGGCCGUGGUCGAGACCCAGGCCAGCUCUCUGCGUGUCAGUGGAGGGGUGGCCUACAACAUGCAAAUGACGGCUGAACAGGGCAUGAGCAUAGCCACGCAGAAGAUCCAGGAGUUCACAGGUGGCCAGCAGAGCAUCUCUGAUUUCAGCACAGACAUGGAUUCCAAGUAUGACUUCACUACUUCAGAGGAGAACUUUGAAGGUGCAGAACAUGGAGGUUUGGACAGUGAUUCAGUUUUCAGGGACUCUAGCACAGGUGCUGCAAAGAGAUACAGCCAGGCUCCAGGAAAGUCCCAGCUGUUUGAAGGGUACAAGGACCCUACCAGCCAGUUCACUGGACAAACACGCUCGUAUCACCAGGAUCACUCUUCUGUAGGAGGCAUCACAGCUGAGGACAUUGAAAAGGCCAGGGAGGCAAAGCGAAACAGCUCCAAACCACAUAAACAAAUGCUUAGUGAAAGCGCAAGAGAGCGGAAGGUACCGGUUACGCGAUUGGGGAGACUAGCAAAUUUUGGAGGGCUUGCUGUGGGUUUGGGUAUUGGAGCUUUGGCAGAGGUGGCAAAGAAAAGCCUCAGAUCAGAGGACAAAAAUGGUGAUAAGAAGGCUGUUCUUGACAAUAGCCCCUUUCUGUCAGAGGCCAACGCAGAGCGUAUCGUCAGGACGCUGUGUAAAGUGCGCGGGGCAGCACUCAAACUCGGCCAGAUGCUCAGUAUCCAGGAUGAUGCGUUCAUCAAUCCACAACUGGCCAAGAUCUUCGAGCGUGUUCGUCAGAGUGCAGACUUCAUGCCAAUCAAACAGAUGAUGAAAGCCCUGAACAAUGACCUGGGCCCAAACUGGAGGGAUAAAGUUGUUAUGUUUGAGGAAAGACCCUUUGCUGCUGCCUCCAUUGGACAGGUCCAUCUGGCCAAGAUGAAAGACGGUCGAGAAGUUGCCAUGAAAAUCCAGUAUCCUGGAGUGGCCCAGAGCAUCAACAGUGAUGUGAAUAACCUGAUGACGGUCCUGAGCAUGAGCAACGCCCUUCCUGAAGGUCUGUUCCCAGAGCAUUUGAUAGAUGUGAUGCGACGCGAGCUGGCGCUGGAGUGUGAUUACAUAAGGGAGGCCAAGUGUGCUCGGAAAUUCAAGGAACUUUUGAAAGAUCAGCCCUUCUUCUACGUGCCAGAUGUAAUCGGCGAACUCAGCAGCCAGCACGUCCUCACCACCGAGCUGGUACCUGGAUUUCCCUUGGAUCAGGCUGAGGGGCUAUCACAAGAACUCAAAAAUGAGAUCUGCGAGAACAUCUUGAUGCUGUGUCUGAGAGAGCUGUUUGAGUUCAGAUUCAUGCAGACUGACCCCAACUGGUCCAAUUUCUUUUAUGAUCCACAAACUCACAGGGUUGCUCUGCUGGACUUUGGUGCAACAAGAGGGUUUGAUGAAAGUUUCACAGAUGUCUAUAUCGAGGUCAUCAAGGCAGCAGUAGAUGGUGAUAGAGAAGGAGUGCUAAAGAAAUCCAUAGACAUGAAGUUCUUGACAGGUUAUGAGACUAAGGCCAUGGUGAAUGCCCAUGUGGAUGCAGUAAUGAUCCUGGGUGAGGCCUUUGCUUCCGAGGUGCCCUUUGACUUCGGAGCGCAAAGCACCACAGAGCGCAUCCACAACCUCAUCCCUGUCAUGCUAAAACAGCGACUCAUCCCUCCACCUGAGGAAACCUAUUCGCUGCACCGAAAAAUGGGCGGAUCCUUCCUCAUCUGCUCCCGCCUAAAUGCUAAGCUAUGCUGCAAGAACAUGUUCAACGUGGCUUAUAGCAAUUACUGGAGUAAUCGCCUGAAAGGAUCAAGCCAGUGAUGGACAGUAUUCCCAGCAAAUCAUAGCUCAGAAUGUCAUGGCUUCGCAAGGAAAGAAACUUGGAUAAGCACAAUGCUUUGGCUAAUUACUCGAAUUUAAACAGAUGGCACUUAUGUCCUGACUGACUGUACCCUACCAUUCAUACUGUACACUUUUGUUUGGUUUUUGUUUUUCCUUUGAGUGUGUUUAUGGGAAAUAAUAUCCAUGAUUAUUCAUGGUCGUGUUGUGCUAUUCACACCGAAAUAUCUAUGUGCCUAUGGAAUCCUUUAACCAAGAUAAGUUGGUUAAUCAUCAGGCAUGGGGAUUGUAAAUGCAACAAUUGGCUUUUGAAAGCUGACCAUUUCAUUACCAUGUCAACAAUUUUUCUGGGUUGCUGGAUUACUUUUGUCCUAAGAGGACUGUCUCCGUAAAUCAGCAUAUUAACUUUGCUUAUAUUGUUUGAUUGUUUUUUUUCUUUUCUUUUCUGGUUUGUCACUUGUGAACUUAGCGCACAAAAUACAGGCACUUGAGAGACCGAAGUACGAUGAAGGGAAGUUUCUGAAACACAAAGGUGAUUCAUAGCUGUAUCUUCCCUCUUUCUGAGAUCAGAGAUUAGUGCAGGUUUGUUCAAGGAACACACAGAUGCACCUGCUACAGUCACAUAAACUAGUACCUAUGUAGAUAAGUUUGUUUUUUUGUGUUCAGACAUAUACACUGCUGGGCUUUCUUGUUUUAGCCCCUAUAACACAGUAGGUUGUAAUGCAUUUUAAAAAGCCAGGAUAUAAUUAAUUGUAGGAUAUGAUAUCACUUCUCUGAUGUGUGAAAUUUAUAUGAAUUUAAAUGUGCCUAAAGAAAUCAGGGUGAGAACUGCAAGAAAGCAUUGUUCAGUCUCAUAAUGGCUCAUAUCAUAGCUUUGGUGGAGAUGGCUUUUUUCUAAUGUUUAUGCUAUUGGCAUUCUUACUAAACAUUGUGAUAAAAUUGUGAUACAUGUGGAAAAAUAUUAAAUUUUUGAAUCAAGA